AUGGCGUCCGGAGGUGGCUCCCUGGGUCUCAUAGCCUGCCUCUUGUUGUUUCAGUCAGAGCUCUGGGAGGCCUGGGCAGCUGCCGCUGUAUUCUCUACUUCCGAUUUCUCCUCAGGGCACAGUGAGACCUCAAUGGUGGACCCAUUGCCACCCAGGCAGGUGCAGGUGACCAGGAUGGCCCAUCAGGACCGAUCCUCUCCUUUCAAGCCGUUUUCCUUCGGCUGUGGCCAACCCCUGAUGAAAAUCAUAGGAGGCGCGGACGCUAAGGAGGGAAAGUGGCCCUGGCAGGUGAGCGUGCGGGUCAGACACAUGCAUGUCUGCGGAGGCUCCCUCAUCAGUGCCCAGUGGGUGCUGACUGCGGCCCACUGCAUUUACAGCCGAAUCGCAUACAAUGUCAAGAUGGGCGAUCGGAGCGUCUACCAUGAAAACACAAGUCUGGUGAUUCCCAUCCAGAAAAUCGUUGUCCACCCCCAGUUCUCGUCAGCUACUGUUGUUAAAAACGACAUAGCCCUUCUCAAGCUCCAGCACCCCGUGAAUUUCACCUCUCAGAUUCACCCUAUCUGCAUCCCUCCAGAGAAUUUUAUUUUGAAAACUGGGACCAAGUGCUGGGUGACGGGAUGGGGCAAAAAAGACCCAGGUGAUCCCAAUGUUCCAGCAGAAAUUCUCCAGGAGGUGGACCAAAAUAUCAUCCAUUAUGCCGAAUGCAAUGAGAUGUUGAAAAAGGCUACAUCGACUUCUAAUGACCUAGUCAAGAGAGGGAUGAUCUGUGCCUAUAAAGGUCAAGGAAAGGAUUCUUGCCAGGGAGAUUCUGGCGGUCCUUUGGUCUGUGAGUUUUUUGAUAAAUGGGUACAGGUCGGCAUUGUGAGCUGGGGCAUUGGCUGUGGCCGCCGAGGACAUCCUGCAGUUUAUACCGAAGUUGCCUUCUACAGCAAGUGGCUAACCGAGGUGGUGAACCAGGCCGCUUGCUUCUCUCCACGGGUCUUCCUCAUCUUACCACUGUGUUCGCUGACCCUGUGA